AUGGAUGACAGAACACAAUUUGUACCAUCCCAUGUGGGAAGCAAUGUUUUCCCUAACUUGCCUUUCUUUCACAAACUUCUACGAUAUGCCCAACGUAGAUCAUCUCGAAUCUCCAUUCGAGACGUGAAUGCCGGCUUCGAGAAGACUUUCCAUAAUGUGCUAUCCGAUGCAUUGGCUCUUCGUAGUGAGCUAGAAAAGAAACUCAGUCCUCAGACGUUGCGAGAUUUGGAGCAGGAUAAUGAAGUUUAUAUUGCAUUGCUCGCCCCAGGUGGCUAUGAGUACACCGUGGGUUUCGUCGCCAUUCUAGCAUUGGGUGCUGCGGUGGUCCCGAUGGCCGCCGGUCUUCCCGUGGAAGAAGCAUCAUACUUUAUUCUCAAGGCACAAUGCGUGACUGUAUUAGCUGGAACAACCAGCGCGUCCCUUGCCAAUUCCAUCGUACACAACAUGAGCGAAAAGAAUAACUUCCAAAUUCCCUGCAUUUCGCCUAUCGCAUCCUUCUUCAGUGAAACACCCAGUCCAGCAGAGAAUAUGCUCAUUUCAUCAAAUCGAGCACUCGAUAUGAAUAAUGCUGCCGCAGUGAUCUUCACUUCGGGAACAACUGGCCCUCCCAAGGGCGCUGUUCAGCGCCGUACUUGGCUAACAGGCAAUGCUGAAACCGAUGCGGACUUUUAUCGCGUCACAGAAGAAGACGUAAUACUUCACGUCUUGCCUGUGCAUCAUGCAUCAGGUUUGGGACUUACGUUCCUUCCUUUCCUUACGGCUGGUGCAUGCAUAGAAUUUCGAAGUGGCGGUUUCGAUAUAGCGUGGACGUGGGAGCGAUGGCGUCAAGGUGGAUUAAGCUUCUUUUCAGGUGUCCCAACCAUAUACAUGCGAAUGAUGCGGUAUUUUGAAGAAAAUAUUGCAACUCAAUCCCCGGAGAUUCGUGAUCAAUAUAUCAAGGGAGCGCGUGAUAUUCGCACUAUGCUCUGUGGUUCAUCAGCCUUGCCUGGGCCUGUUCAGGACUUUUGGGAGACACUUCGUGAGAAACCGAUGAUGACUCGUUAUGGUGCUACUGAGUUUGGUGCAGUCAUCAAGACUGAUCUCCAGACUCACGGAAUGCCGAGAAACAGUGUUGGGCGAAUUGUUGGUGGCGUCUCUCUAAAGCUUGAAGAUGAUGGACAUCUAUUGGUCAAGUGCCCAUAUAUGUUUUCCAAAUAUCUCAAUGAUGAAAAAGCGACAGCCGAUGCACACGAUAAAGAUGGCUACUUUAAAUCCGGCGACAUCGCUCGACAAGAAGGCGAUUACUUCUUCAUUCUUGGCCGUGCUUCAAUCGAUAUCAUCAAAUCCGGAGGCUAUAAGAUUUCCGCUUUGGAUAUCGAGCGUGAAAUUCUGGGCUUGGAUUAUGUAUCCGAAGUGAUGGUUGUUGGAGUCGAGGAUGCAGAAUACGGUCAGCGAGUAGCAGCCAGUAUCAGUCUGAAGACAGAUCAGAGCACGACUCGCAAGACUCUUUCUUUGUCAGACUUACGAGAGGAUCUUCGAAGCAAAAUGGCAAGUUACAAGAUACCAACUAUCUUACGCGUGGUCAAGGGUGAGCUACCCAAGUCUGGGACAGGCAAAGUCCAGAAAAAGAUUCUAGGACCGGAACUCUUCCCGUCCAACUAUAUGGAUCUUCUUGAAAUUCAAGUUUGGAGCAAAGAUAAGAAAUCGAAGCUGUAG